GGAAGACUGGCUGUGAAGAGAUUCUAGGGUGGCAGAGGGCUGGGUCCCACUUACAUGACCCUAUCUCUGCCAGCUUGGCAUCCAGGUUCUGCAAUCAGGGCACAAGGAGUGGUAGCUGGAGCCUUUGACCCCCCCUAUCUUGCAGGCCUGUCAUUUGAGGCAAUCUGUCUAUAUCUGCAGGUUGGUAAGAAACUGAUCUUUAUUUUUAUAUUAAUCUGUUUUAUAACUACAACUCCCAUGAUGCUUUGCAAGCCUUUCUACCGGAGAAUGGAGUAUAACUUCAGAUUUCCCCCCCAUUACAUAAUUUACCAAAAAGGGAAGUUUUAACACUAAAAUGUCAAGUGGGUCAUGCUGUGCAUGAUGUUUUUGCAAUACUAUAAAUAGUGUGGAUAUACUUGGCAUGGUUAACACUUAUUUUCACUGUAAAAUGUGACAGUAUAUUGCAUUCCUACAUACUCAGAAUUGACUGGUUUACACUGAUGUUCCUGUAUUGAGAAUUACACAAAUGGCAAACACAUUUGUAGACUAUGAGUUAUCUUACUGUUAUUUUUUUUAAAUGUAUUUAUUUAUACUUAUAUUUAGUCUAUACUUUAUAUUAGUUGUGGUCCUAUUUAAAGUUGCCAAUUUGACAUUUAUUUAGUGACAGUUAAGCUGUUACUAAUGGAGUUUUUAAUUGAACCAGAAAUUGUGGAGAAUUGACAAGGGAUUUGCAAAAUUAAAUACCAGGCCUAAAUAGUGUAAGUGAUCAACUUCAGCAAAUAGGCCAUUUUCUAGCUCUGUUGUUUUAGCCUAUAAGGGUAAUUUACUAAACACCUAAAAAAAAAUAAAAAAAUAUUCAUAAAGCAUAUUUUUUACAAAACUUUAGGACCAAAUGCGUCCGAUAGGAUGCAUGUUCACAAAUUAUCGUUAACUUGCUUUUUGCAAGCGAAUGUUAAUUUUAAAUAUUAUUUGCCCACUGGCAGUGCUAGCAGUCAGCAGGCAAAUAGUUAAUAGACUGCUUUUUGAAGUAGUUAUGGUGGUUGGAGUAUGUGCAUGCAGUGUUACAGCUUGCACAUCUAGAGUUAUUUUUAAUUGUGUGCUGGGAGUUAGUUGCAGCCCCAGCACAGACGACUGGAGUUCUGUUCCGGACUGCCUAAUUUCAUUUCGGUGCAUAUUUUAUGUCGGUUGUCAAAGAGCACUGUGCGCUGGUGACAGACAUUCAUUGCUUCUCUCUUACAGCCUGUAAGGGGAAGCUUGUGUCUCCCCUCCCUCCCACACUCAAUGCAGCCCUCCUGCCUCCAUCUCUGAAUGCGCUAAUAUUUUGUUUGUUGCUGACCUCCCACUUCCUUCUCUACCUCCCUUUCCCCCUCUCCUUGCCCCUCUAACUGACGGCUAAGAGCGCGCACAUGCGCACUGAGCUGGAUAAAUCGGCCAGUCAGAAGUUUCUCUGUUAGAAGCCUUUGACUGGACCUCUGUGCAGCUCCCAUGAUGUCAGUAGAAGAGCAGCGUCAGCGUCCUCGCCCAGCCUUGGUUUAAGGUAAGUAAAAACAUAUUUUACAGCAUUUUUUUGGCGUCUUUUGGGGGUGCACCUAAAGAAUAAUGGCAAUAGGGCCAUAAAGCAGUAUAGAUUUUUUAAAAUUUUGGCCUUAAAUCUGAAAAUCACUUUGAAUUUUCAUUUUAGUGAAUAACGUUUUAUGCCAUUUCCCAUCAUUCAUUAACUGCAGUAGCUGAUGGAGAAAGUCAAGGCAGCUACAAACCAGUCACUAUUACAAUUGCACCGUGUCCAAAUACAUAAAUCAAAGAAUGCCAUAAUUUGUUUAAAGUAUAUAUUCUGACUGAGCGUGCAGGAUCUACUUUCAAUAAUUUGCGGGUUACGUUUUGAAAGUCGCACAUUUUAUUGGUAAAAAGAAAGUCUGGGUGGAAAAAGCUGGAGCUAAAAUCAUUACCAAAGAUAUAAAAAACAUUUAAUUGUUAUGCUACAGUGACUUCUAAUUUGUUUUUUUUUAAUGCCUUUAGCCAUGACGAGGACUGGCUAGGCAUCAUGGGAAAUAUUUAGACACUAUUCUAAAUUUAGCCAUUGCUGCUCUAACAAGAAUAUGAAUCAUUGCAGGUGUAUGAUUAAAAUAUUAGCAAACCAUUAUUCUCUCUCUCCAUCAUUGACCUCAUUAAUGGUAACGGCUUGUGUACAUUGCUAAACCCAGUAGAAGUAGAAGUAUGUUACUGUACAGCAUAAAGAAAAAACAUUUAUCAAGUAUCACUUGAGAUGCAGAAACAGUGUUUCUCCCUUAUGUGUUAACCAUUUCUUGGCAGUCAGGCUAGGAUUGCAGUAUAGAGAUAUUUUAUUUGAAAACACUCUCAAUUCAUACCAACCUCAUUGUUAUACCAACUGAUUAGUGUUUCAGAUCUUCAAACAUUGAGAAAUAAUUAAAUUAUUUAUUUGAUCUCAGGUUUUUUAAUUAUUCUGUCUUUUAUGCUUUGUCACAGUCGUUUCUGGACUUUUUGAUGUGGGAGGAAAACUGUCAUAUAGACAUGAUAUAAAACCAUGUUGGAUGGAGGUCUUUUCUACCUACUAACCAAGAUGAAUAUGUAGUGUCUUGGUGCUCCACGUCAGUUAGAUAAAACAAGCUUUCUUUAAUAUUUUAACAGGCUGUGGGCAAGCAAAAAUCUGUAGCUAGUCUUGCUAAAACCCCCGAACUCAUUCCAAGCUGCUUCCCAUUCUGACCACCCAAUUCUGUAGCUUGAUCACCUUGGGGCCUACCACACAAGUGUUGAAUCCAACUGCUACUACUACAGUUCCUGACUCUAGACUCACCGACAAUGGCAGGACAAGUAAUCCUCCUAAUAUCUAUUGGACUUCCGCAGAACAAGAUAGUGUCUCCAUUCCACCGGGCAGGGCCGGAUUAACAUAGCGGCUGAUGGAGCUACAGCACCAGGCCUAAGCCCAUGGAAUAGGCCCAUUGAUUUAAAAAUAAAAACUAGAGAGUCCAAACAGCAGCUCCCAGCCUGCAGAGACAGCCAACAGCUCAGGUAAGUGAGUGAUGGGGGGAAAGGCUGCAAGGAGACAUGGGGACACAGACACUAAGGAACACUAGGGAACAAUGUGAAACAUGGUGACACUGAGACACUAGGGGACACUGGGAGACAUAGAGUCACUUGGGAACAUUGAGACACUAGUGGGCACUGGGAGACCUGGGGACACAGACACUAGGGGAAACUGUGAGAGAUGGGGUCAAUGAAUGACUUGGGGACACUGGAAGACAUAGGGACACUUGGUGACACUGAGACACUAGGGGGCACUGGAGACCUGGGGGGCACUGAGACACUAGGGGAAACUGUGAGACAUGAGGAAAGUGAGAGACUUGGGGAGACUGAGACAUUGGGACACUGGGAGACAUGGGGACACUGGGGAACAUGGGGACCCUGAGACACUAGGGACACAGUGGCCCCAUGUCUCCCAGUGGCCCCUAGUCUUUCAGUGUCCCCAUGUCUCCCAUGCAGUGUCCCUAAUGUCUCAGUGUCCCUGGUGUCUCUCAGUAUCCCUGGUGUCUCUCAGUGUCCCUAGUGUCUGUGUCCCUAGUCUCUCAGUGUCCCCAUGUAUCUCAGUGUCCCCAUGUCUCUCCCAGUGUCCCCUGGUGUCUCAGUGUCCCCAUUUCUCACCGUGUCCAAAUGCCUCUAAGUGUCCCCUAGUAUCCGCACGCUGAUGGGGCCCAUUGGGUGGCCCAUGCACUUAGGGCCACCCGAUGGGCCCUAUGUCUUCAGGGGCCCGGUCAGCGCUGUGGCCGUGGUAUAGCGCGACCGGGCCCAUAAAAAAAAACAACAAAAAAAACCAGCCACAGCAAGUGUCACUUCCUCCCAGCUCACUCCGCGCGGGAGGAGCGCGCACCCGGCACAAGGGAGAGUCAGCCGACUACUCCCAUCAGCCCCAGCCACCCUCCUACAACGAAAAGGUAAGAAACGGGAGGGUUGCUGGAAAAUGAGCUGUGUGUGUGUGUCUGUAUGUAUGUAUGUCUGUCUGUAUGUAUGCAUGUAUGUAUGUCUAUCUGUAUGCAUGUAUGUCUGUAUGUAUGUAUGUCCAUGUAUGUCUGUAUGUAUGCAUAUCUGUGUCUAUGUAUGUCUGCAUGUCAUUAUGAAUGUGUGUAUGUAUGGAUGUCAGUGUCUCUAUGCAUGUAUGUCUGUAUGAAUGUAUGUAUGUCUGUGUAUGUAUGUAUAGAUGUCAGUGUCUGUAUGCCAGUAUGAAUGUAUGUCUGUCCGUCUGUCUGUAUGUCAUUAUGAAUGUGUCUGUGUCUGUAUGUCCUUAUGCACGUGUGUCUGUAUGUAUGUUAGUAUGUGUCUGUCUGUACGUCUGUGUGUCUGUAUAUGUGUGUAUGUCUCAGUAUGUGUGUGUCAGUAUGUAUGCUUAUAUGCGUAUCAGUAUGUGUGUCUGUUAGUAUGUAUGUGUGUAUCUGUGUCCUUUUGUAUCAAUAAAUGUGUUUGUAUCUUUGUGUGUUUUCCUGUGGGUGGGAUUUGGAGGCAGGCCCCCGGGGGCCCAGACCCUGAUCUCAGUUAGGGGCCCCAAAAUUUCUGGUGGCGGCCCUGCUCGGAGACAUGGGGACACAGACACUAAGGGACUGGGAGACAUGGGGACAUAGACAUGCACCUUUUUGGGGUAUGUUUGCCCCUUUCAACAGUUCUUGUUAUGUGAUUUGCGUCAGUGGCCCACCCUUUUACCCCUGUCCAUAGACUUCCUGCUUUACUGGACACUGCUGUUAAUGGGUAUGGAUUUACUUGAAAGAUGAAAGCGUGAGAUUAGCAUAGGGUAUGUGUUUUCUCAUAGCUGCAUCCUAUGAGUUUCCCUCCAGCACCAUCUCCAUCAGAUACAUGGUGCUUGGGAGGUAGGACAGUUUUAGUGUUUUUGGUUGAUUUUGUAAUUAGGCCCAUCAUUGUCAACACCAGGCCCACUGGGCUCUUAAUCUGGUCCUGCCACCGGGCUUUCUACCAUGGUUAAAGCUGUCGGAGUGUGCUGUUUCUACACCCUCACACACUCUAGUUGGCCCAACUGUUAAAACAUUUUUUUAUAAGCUAAUUAGUAAACUACAUAUUUCUUCACGUCUGUCUCCUUUAUUUCCCAAGUCCCAUAACCCAGCCUUUUCUCCUGGGUUCAAGGUUUGUCAUUAGUUUUCUGGGGGCUCCACCAACACAAAUUGGUAGGACCUAUCAACUGCUCCCUAAGGUGAAUUCCCAUGGCUGUAGGGCAUGAUGGCCUCAAACGUGGUGAGACAGGAUGAGGUAUUAUCACUUGCACCACUUUAUAUCUGCAAACCCAAAAACUCAUCUGUUCUGCCGAUAACAGACUCCUCUUGAGGCUACAUGUACUCUUUUUGAGAGUACCUCUCACUGGACCACACGCCUUUAAAUUCACUGAUAUCCCAUGCCAAGCCCUUGUUGUUAAACUAUGCAGUUCAUUUGGAACAGAAACUUGUCAAUUUCCUUUCUUUUCUUCAGUCUAAUUGCAAAUAUUUUUUUAUACAUGUCCAUAAAUGUUCGAUCUCUAAAUUUCAGGAAACUGCAUUUAAACUAUUUUCAAGUUGGUAUAUAACUUCUGGUUUUCUUUACCGUUUCCUUAUGUUAUGGGCAGAUUCCAGAGAUGUGGAGAUUUGAUAGGCACAUAUGACCAUAUUUAGUGGUUGUGUGCCAAACUCGCAUUUUAUUGGAAAACUAUACAAACUACCGUCUCCAGGCUUUCAAAUGCUUUGGUUACCCUGGAACCGCCAUUAAUUCUAUUACUACAUCAUACCCUCCUGUGAACUAAACAAUAUAAGAAUUCUAUUGUUAAUCAUCUGCUUAAAUCACCCAAAUCAGUUAUACCUCCUCACUGGCGAGGCCAUUUAGAAAGUUUUCUACUAAAGGUAUUGAAUAAUUUGGAAAGUUUAUUAAAUCAAGGCCCAUAACUGCUCAUUUACCAACAAUCCCAUAAUUCUCCCCUUCUUCUCUGAAAAGACAGUGUUUACAGUAAAAAGCCUGAAGGUAAUGAUUCUACUCACCAGAACAAAUUCAAUAAGCUGUAGUUGUUCUGGUGACUAUAGUGUCCCUUUAACCCCUUAAGGACACAUGACAUGUGUGACAUGUCAUGAUUCCCUUUUAUUCCAGAAGUUUAGUCAUUAAGGGGUUAAAGGAACCCGCCAAGCGCCAACAACAAUACAGCUCACUGUAGUGUGGUGCCUGGGAUGACCUUGUUUUUCCAAUGUAAGAAUUCUAUUGUUAAUCAUCUGCUUAAAUCACCCAAAUCAGUUAUACCUCCUCACUGGCGAGGCCAUUUAGAAAGUUUUCUACUAAAGGUAUUGAAUAAUUUGGAAAGUUUAUUAAAUCAAGGCCCAUAACUGCUCAUUUACCAACAAUCCCAUAAUUCUCCCCUUCUUCUCUGAAAAGACAGUGUUUACAGUAAAAAGCCUGAAGGUAAUGAUUCUACUCACCAGAACAAAUUCAAUAAGCUGUAGUUGUUCUGGUGACUAUAGUGUCCCUUUAACCCCUUAAGGACACAUGACAUGUGUGACAUGUCAUGAUUCCCUUUUAUUCCAGAAGUUUAGUCAUUAAGGGGUUAAAGGAACCCGCCAAGCGCCAACAACAAUACAGCUCACUGUAGUGUGGUGCCUGGGAUGACCUUGUUUUUCCAAUGUAAGCAGUAAAACCAUUUUCCAACAAUUUGACUUCUUACGUGGGGUCCAGCGGGCACUCUUCCCUGCCUCUUCACAGCUGAAAUCUUUUGUCACUGAGCUAAGCUCGGCAGUGCAAGUUCUAUCUUAUUGGGUGUGAGCAAUCAGCUGACACUAUCAACCAAUGAGCUAACGGAAGCUUAUAAUCAGGAGUGUAUUAUAUGUCAAUGUGUUCACUCUUAUUGUGCCUCUCUUUUAGGGAUAAACACAGAAUAUGAGUGGUGGAUCUGUUCAACUGAAUGCUCUAUCCAGUCAGCAGGAGCGAUAUUAAUAUUGCAGCAAAUAUGGUGACUCAGGUGACAAUUUUUAUUAAUUUUAAGCAUUCCUAACCUUGAAUGAGUGCAAAUCAUCACAUAUUGCCCUACUUUUUAAUCUCUGUAUAUAUCUUCAGAUGCAUGUGAUGGGCUAGGACUGUUCUGUAAUUGACAAGCUCUGUAGGAACGUAGUCACUGAGGUCACAAGAAAUAAGGUUACAGAGGUUUUUUUUUUUUUUUAUGUUAUUAAAGUACUAUUCCCAUCCUAAAUGUUUGUUGUUUUUUUUUUUUUCUAAUUAUUUUUCAAGAAGUAUAGGAUUUAUUUUACUUGAUGGAUAAUCUGAGACAAUAUGAGAAUUGUAAUUAUCUUUCAGUACUUAAGCCCUCUCAUGUUACCCACGACUCAUCAUGUACUAAAUCUUAAAUAUGAAUUUUACAAUAAAAUAGAGCUUUACAUGAAAAAAAAGGUUAACACAAGUUAUAGGUAAUUUUGAGUAUUUUAUACAGAGGUGAUAUUUCCAGAGAAGUAUCAGUUCCACUUUUCACAUACGAUAUAGACCGUUUGUUAUACUUCAGUGACUGGGUCUAAUGCUGGAUUUUACACCACAGAUUGAUUCAGAAUCUGCAGCUUUGAUACAAGACGUGGAAGUAGUAAGGAGGGAAUCUUACGAUGAGACCGGAUGCACUGUUACACGUAGGUAUCUACACUAAGAUGUUGGUGUGUGAUGUUUCUUCAUUUGAUUGAUUUAUGCAUCGUGGGUCUCAGUGGCAGAAACCUAUCACCUCCAGCACUCUAAAAUUAAAUAAACUUUUCUUUGUUUCUUUUUGUUUGUUUUAUGUGCCUGUUAAUCGCAAGGGCAAAUUAACCCAGUGCUUUUAUGCUGUUUUAGCAAGGUUAUGCAUUAUCAGUGCAGUUAAAGGUGAGCUAUGGUUGGCUUAAAGAGUGUAGAUAGGUUGGCAUCCUCCAAAUGCUCUCCAGUGGCUGUUCACAUCCAUUGUAGGCAAGAACCUGACCUCACCAAGGCAGUCAAACGUUGACAAUUCAUUCAGGAAAUCAGUAGUGACUUUAAUGAAUGAUCAUUUUUCAAAGACAAUAGGUUGGAAAAUACAGUCCAGAUGAGUCUUUUAACAAUAGCUAAGAAUGGAGUAAUUAUUAUAUGCUUGGGCCUGGAAACUUUGUAAGAAUUUUAAUAUCUUGGUUGAGCGAUGAGAUGGGUCUCUAAGAGGUCUGUAAUGCUUGGUCUUGUCAAGCUUAGAAAUGAGAAUGUUGUGCUGUGUGCUAGAAUGGAUUGUUCACGUAUAUCAUUAUUAUUAAAAAGGAACGUUAAGUAGCUGGUUGCAAGCCAAUCCUCCAGCUAUGGGUUUCUCCCACUUGCUCAUCCUUCACUCAUAUUUUUUUUAACAAGUUGCAUAAAUGAUUCUACUUAGAUUGGGCAGGAACCACACUGCAUAAAGAUAACCUUAUCAAGAUUUUUUUUUUCCAAAAUGGACCCUCAUGAUCUCUCACAUACUUCAAAGUAUCUUACUUACAUUUCAAAAUAUGUCUACCAGACUGCAACAUGUGGAAUUCGUGCCUUCCACCCUAGCCGUGAGAUCAUCCAUGAGGCAGGUAUUGCAGAGCUUGUGAAGCACUAUUUUCCAAUACCCUGAUGGUGCCAGAAUUUGCUCAUAGAUCUCCCAGUCACCAAAAUGGCUUGGCAUGUUAAUUUGUUAUCAAACUCCAAAGAGAUGUCUUCCAGUUUAUGGAAUUCUCCACGUAAUAGAAACAUAAGCAGAGCCCAAAAUGUUCUAGCUUAAGGGCAUUCCAACCACAUUCAAUUAUUUUUCAAUAUAAGGUACCUUGGGGGGUUUUGAAGUGAUAUUUAUUUUCUGGACCAAUACUCCCCAACCCCAACUGAUUUUAUUGUUUACAUAAGUAGCAUAUAAGACACAUUCAUAAUUAGAAAGAACAUGGCUGAUUCCAAAUACCAUAUGCUCUUUAAAACUUGUUAUGUCAUAAACUUCUCUAUGUCCUUCAAUAAAUAAGAAAAAGAGACAGCGCCAAUCAACCAGUAGGCAGCAACCCCAAAAAUGGAAAUCCCCCCAAACCCUUUUAAACAAGAUAAAAACAAAAUAUAAAAGAGGGCUGCGCCACAAUAGAUAAACAAUGUCCAGUUCCAAUAGUGGUAACAGAAUAUAAAAGAAAGUCCAACCUAAGUGUCCUCUUUGUCGUCCCAGAGUGUUGGAUACGGGAACACAGUCUUCCGGUAUAAUAUAGAAAAUAAAAAGAGAGAACAGCCGAUAGUGCAAUAUGUAUAGCUCAGAUGAAAUAAAAUUCAAGUAAUGGUAGAGAACUCACAAUUUGUAAGAGCUUCAAUCCAGCUCUAGGGUAUAGCGCCUACAGCGGUAUAAUCCCCACUUGUGGGAUAUAUGGUGAGUACCUCUUCGUCAGGGAUAUCCAAAACUCAAAAAGAACAGAAACAACCGAAUAGUGCUCUCUAUUUAACUUGCUUCAUAGAAAUUAGUUUAAAACGUACUUACAAGUGCAGAGCAGACCAACUGCUCUUUGAUGUCAGCACUGGUGGAAUAAUCCCCACCUAGGAUUUCUUGGGCUGCCAGGAGCUUCCAGGAGUGAUAUUUAAAACCAAAAUAAAAUAUAAAAAAUAUAAUAAAAAGCCAGGAUAAGUUUAAAUUUGUGAAUAAAAGAAGGAUAAUUGGUACUAGUAAAUGACCAAAAAAAACUUUAAUUUUGAAAUACACAAUAUUAGGAAAUCUGGAAAUCUAAUAUUGUGUAUUUCAAAAUUAAAGUUUGCUGAUUGGUCAGGCCUGUGUUUGACUUGUGCUGGCUCUGCCCCUGAUCUGCAUCCUUGACAGUCUCAGCCAAUCCUAUGUGAAAGCAUUGUGACUGGCUCACAGAAUCACUUCUGAUUAUGUCAGCCAGCAGGCAGAUCGGUGCAGAGGCAGCAGCUGCAGACAUGAAUACAAGUAAGAUUUUACAAUAUUUAAGGAGGUCAGAGGGGCUAGAUGGUGAUUUUAACACUAUAUGGUUAGAAAUACAGUGUUCUUUUAAAUGUCCUGGGCAUUAAUACUAAUCCAAAUUAUGAUUCCAUUCCACAGAGGAUGUUUGCAAGUCUCCGAACCAGCCAGAAUCUAAGCAGGACAAACCAUCUCAUGGACCCAUCAAAAAGAAAUCUCACCCAGGAGGUAAAAAGCAGAAACGGUGGUAGGCUAUUAAGUAACUCCCUGAACCAAUGAUAUGCAUAUAUAUUUGGGUAUUUGUGACAUUCAAUAAAAUUGUGUGAUAAACAAGAUAACACACUAAGUAGUUUAUUUACAAUGAAUAGAGAAACUGUACUUCUAUUUUUGAAAAGUAUCACUAACAGAGUGAGUUUUAACCUAUCCUAACUUGAGUCUAAAUUUUGCAGAUCAGUUGCUUUCUGGUUCACUAAAUGUCUAAUUUAUUCUCCGAGUACUGAUUGCAUACACUUGCAUGAACCAGUAUUAAUUCGCCUUUAGCUCUUCUAGUGCCAAACCAUUGGUGUUCACUCAUUAAGCGAUACUGUAUCAACUUGAGUGACCUGAUUAAGUUUUAACAUGAAACCAAUGGAAAUUGUGGCAAUUAAAGGCAUGGAGAGCCUCUGAAACAACUGUUUUUUGGGUUUGUUUUUUGCUUUGAUUUUUUUAAGGCAUGACGAUAAUUAAUGUUUUUUUUAUAUAUAUAUAUAUAAUUAAAGAAGAGUAGAAAUUAUCUCCUUGUGAAAUAUAGUAGAUUGACAGCACUAUAUUUUUGGCACAUCCAUUAUCCAGCAUUAUUAUUUUUUUUUUAUAUGUGUGAAAAGUUUCUAUUUUAAUGUACGUGUCAAAUAUUUGGUACACUUAUACUGACAAGUCUAUAUGAGAGAACUAUAAUUUCUAACCGCUUUCAAACAUAUUUUUUCAUAGAGAAACUGAUUUGUGCAUUACAAUAUUUUUUCAUUGCAAGCCCAGUAGUCACACAAUAUGUGGAGAACUACUUGAAUUAACCUGAGAAAUAGAUGUUGUGACGAAUUGCACUUCGCCACUGGGUUUUGGAGAGGCCUGCUUUCCAGCCUUUUGCACUGUGACUAUGGCCCCCGGUGGUGUAUUGCCUUGUAAAACCUCUAUUUGUGCAUAUUGGAUUCAAAAGUACUGUUUCUGCCCCUUGGACUUUUAACUGGAACAGAUUCAAACAUGUGGCGGCGGCCACCUUAAAUUGUCCAGCAGUGCUUGGUUGUUGAAUGUAUGGAACUGUUUUGGGCAUGGGACCAUGUGCACGGUGGGGCAAAAAUAAGACUUCCUGGAAAUUCCUGAACCCCUGAACCGAUCUGGGUGAUUUUUGGAUAUGUUUUUCACCCAGAUUGGGGCUACCAGGGGAUGUGUCUUUGUGGGGAUAUGUUGUAUUUUGGGGUACUUUAUUAAUUAUAUCACAGACAGAGGGCAGGGCUUGCUGACUGUAUGUGGGAGUGUUACAGUAAUAAUUAUUGUUCCCAUUGGUUUAUGUUCCUUGUGUCCCUGUGUUCCAUCAGGUCCUGGGGGUGUGCCUCUGGUCUGAAACUCUGUAUAAAAGAAAUACAAGUUGCUCAAUAAACCAGACCUUCUUACCCUCAAGUCGCAGCCUCGUCUUGUGUUGUAGGGCUAUAACUGCUAUAUCACUGCUAGCUCUUGUAAGAGCUCUCUUAAGCUAUACAACUAUACUCUCCUGGAUGAGAGGUCCUUCCCACAUGGUCCUGGAUUCAGAGGUUGGACCAGGGUGGGAAGGAGACGGCGAGACCCCAACCAAGUUACGGCGGUUCGUGGAGUCUACAGCGCUUAUGGUGUCUGGUGGUUCUUGAGAAGCACUAGGAGCAUCCGUCGGUGGAGGUACCCAGCCAGGGUACAGGGAGCUCCGUCACAGAUGUACAUCAUAGAUUGUGCAAAAUAACUGGGUUUAUUUACUAAUUCACAAUUCACUGUUGAAUAGGGAAUUGAAAAUUUGGGGCCGAAAUAACGUAGCUGGUAAAAAUAAAAAAUUCAGUGAUUUUUCUAUCUUAUCUAUUUGGGACUAAGGUGCAAUUUCCUUGUGAAUUAUCUACAAUUUGCAGCUUAAUGAAUACAUCCUAAUAUGUUUCAAUACAAUAAAAAAAUAAAUAAAUAAAUUAAAAAAAAAAUAUAUAUAUAUAUAUAUAUUUUUUUUUAAUUCUAUUUGUAGGUUGUUUUGAUAAGCUUACUUUAAUGUAUAGAUUUACAAUUCUGUUUAAAGGGACAUUUCUUGCACCAAUACUACUUCAAUGCACUUUAUAGGUUUUGGCCUCAUUAAUGUACUGUAUUUUUUUGCAAAAAAUAAAUGUUUUGCAGAAAGUUGCACUAUAAGCCUGCCUCUUUAGCCACACCCCUUACUUCAGAUAAAGACUUCCUUAUCACAUGUAUGCAGGGCCGGUGCAAGGAUUUUUGCCGCCCUAGGCAAAAGAAAGAUUUGCCGACCCCCCACCCCCCCAGUGGCAUCGCAAUGCCCCACCCAUAUGAUCUGCCAUAUGAACUAAUGCCAGUGCUGCACACAGUGUGUGUUUACAUUUAAAAGCCUGCAGGGACAAACUAUAGACACCAGAACCACUUUAUUAAGCUGCAGUGGUUCUGGGGACUAUAGUGUCCCUUUAAUGUGAGGUAAAUUAGAGAUUAGUGUCACUAAUAAUAUACUAGAUUGCCUACUUACAAUCAGAUGAGGAUGGUGAUGGGCUCUGGCUGCAGUCUGGCUUCACUGGUCUGGUGUAGAACAGGAUCUCUGGAGGCUGUUUGUAACUGUGGUCACAAAAUUCAAUGUUCUGGAAGAACGGGAAGCAGCUCAAGGUCUGGGCCCCAGGGCCUGACGGUGAGUAUGCCCAUAAGGCCCACCCAUAAGUCCACCUACAUUUUCCACCCAUGACUUUGCUCACAGGGAGUGGAGUGUGUAGGGGAUGUGUUAUGUGUUAUUGUAGAGGAUCUAAUGUGUGUGCUUAUGGAAUGUAGUGUAUAGGGAUAUCAGUUUGUGUAGGUGAUGCAGUGUGUUUGUGUGUAGUGGAAGCAGUGUGUUUUUGUGUAAGGGAUAGAAAGCAGUGUGUGUUUGUGUAUAAAGGAUGUAUUGUGUGUUUCUUGUUGUGUGUAAGGGAUGCAUUGUGUGAAUCUGUGUUUGUAUGCAUAAGGGAUGCAAAGUGUGUUUCUGUGUAUGUAAGGGAUGCAGUGUGUGUGUGUCUGUAAGGGGUGCGUUGAGUGUGUGUAAGAGAUGCAUUGUGUUUCUGUGUGUAAGAGAAGCAGUGUGUGUUUGCAUGUGUGUGUAAGGGAUGCAUUGUGUGUUUCUGUGUAUAUGUGCAAAGGAUGUAUUGUCUUUAUGUGUAAGGGUUGCAUUGUGUGUGUGUGUGUGUGUGUGUGUAAUGGAUGCAUUGUGUGUUUCUCUGUGUGUAAGGGAAGCAUGUUGUGUUUCUGUGUGUAUAGGGAUGCAUUGUGUGUGUGUGUGCGUAGUGUGAAAGAGUUCCCUGUCCUGCCCCCUGUCCUAUAGAGCUCUCCCUUCCAUCCCUUAGAGAUCUCCCCUGCCCCUUAGUGGUCUUUCCUCUCCCACCCACCUCUCUUAAUGGUCUCCUUUUCUCCCCGACUUUCCAUUAGUGGUCUCUCGUCUCCCCCUUAGUGGUCUCUGCUCUCCUCUGCCCCCCCCUUUCCUAGUGGUCUAUCCUCCACCCUCCCUCCCUUAGCGGUCUCUCCUCACCCCCCUCCCCUAGUGGUCUCUCCACCACCCGCUCCCUCCUUUAGUGGUCUCUCCCUCCCCCACUUUCGCUUCAACCCCCCUCCCUGUGUUCUCAUCUCCCCCCCUGUGUUCUCCUCUUCUUCUCCCCCUCCUGUGUUCUCAUCUCCCCCUAUGUUCUCCUCCUCUUCCCCACUCCCUGUGUUCUCCUCCUCUUCCCCCCCUCCCUGUGUUCUCCUCUUCUUCCCCAUGUGUGUUCUCUCUUCUUCCCCGUGUUCUCCUCUUCUUCUCCGUCCCUGUAAUCUCUUCUCCCCCCCUGUAAUCUUCUCUUCUUCUCCCCUCCUCCCUGUGAUCUUCUCCCCUCUCUCCCCCUGUAAUUUUCUCUUCUCCACUUCCCUCCUGUAAUCUCUUCUCCCCCCCCUGUAAUCUCUCUUCUUCUCCCCCCCCGUGUCUUCUCCACUCCCUCCCUGUAAUCUUCUCCCUCCUCCCUGUAAUCUUCUCCUCCCCUGUAAUCUUCUCCCCCAUUAAUCUUCUCCACUUUAUCUCUCACACCCCUGUAAUCUCACCUUCCUCACAGUAAUCUUCUCCACUCCCCUUGUAAUCUUCUCCUCCCCCCUGCCAAUCUUCUCCUCCCCCCUCCCUGUAAUCUUCUCCCCUGUAAUCUCCCCCACCCUCCUGGAAUCUUCUCCCACUCCCCCCCUCCCUCCCUGGGUCUUCUCCCCAGUAAUCUUUUCCCCUCUCCCUCCCUGGAAUCUUCUCCCCACACCCUCCCUCCCUGGAAUCUUCUCCCCACCCUCCCUCCCUGUAAUCUAUUCCUCCCCCCUCCCUCCUGUAAUCUACUCCCCCCUGUAAUCUUCCUCCUCCCUCCCACCCUGUAAUCUUCUCCCCCCUCCCUCCCUGGAAUCUUUUCCUCCCCCACUCCCACUCCCUGUAAUCUUCUCCCCCUGUAAUCUUCUCCCGCUCCUUUUCCUCCUGUAAUCUUCUCCACUCCCCCUCCCUCCUUGUAAUCUUCUCUUCUUCUCCACUCCCCCUCCUUCCCUGUAAUCUUCUCCUUACCUCCCCUUCCCUGUAGCGUGGCUGAGCUCCACUCCAGUCCGCGACCCGGUGUGAUGGGAUUGUGUAAUAUCCCUUUAAUUGGAACUCAACUGCAGAAACAAUAAUUACACCUCCUUUAUAUUGAAGUAAACAAGCUUGACUGUAUCUUUAAAUACACAUGCAGGAAGGAAAGCAAUGCUAGUUCCAACUUAAUUAAGAUGGAAUGAUUUAUUAGUAUAAUGAUAAAUAAGCUGGACAGGUUGCAAUUAAUAAUAAAUGAUAUUUGCAGGAGAAAUAAGACUUAGUAGUAAUCCCUUAUUGACAAGAGAGGAAUGAAGUGAAAUAAUUAAUAUGAAUUGGUUUCCUUGGAGAAAAAGGAUUACUUAACUUAGAGGUAGUUCUGGUAUUGGAAGGGUUAAUUCACCCAAUGGAGGAGAGAUUAUGACUCUCUAUGAAUAAGCUGAGCGUUAGGAGUGGAAAAUAAGGAAGUCCGUUUUUUACAAGCCGAGGUCUGGGAGUGGAGAAGGUAGAAGUCCGUUUUCCAAGCCGAGGUCGAGAAGUGGGGAAGGUUGAAAUCUUGUUACAAGCCGAGGUCGAGAGAGGAGUGUAGCCGGUAGCAUUCAAUAGAGCAGCUGAUCUCAACGCCGUACCUGCGUGAAUAAUCCAGCCCCUUGAAUCUGGCGCGGUCUUCCUAAGUAUCGUGGAAGGACCGCGUCAGAGAAAAGGGGCGGGGCUAAGCGCCGUGAACCCGGAAGUGGGUUCCGGCGGCAGUAUGGAUGAUAGAGUAUACCUGACAGUACCCCCUUCUCAUGGGGCAUCCUCUGGGUGCACUUACUUUGGUUUAGAGGGACAGCGUUUGUGAAAAGCAUCAACUAAUCUGUUUGCAUGAACAUUAGAUGAAUCUUCCCAAGUAUCUUCAUCAACUCCAUAACCUUUCCAUCUAAUAAGGUAUUGUAAGGUGCCACGGUGGACACGUGAAUCCAAAAUCUUGUGUAUUUCAUAUUCUUCUUCACCUUGGACGAUGAUAGGUUCAGGAGUUGUAACUACGUCUGUAUGAAAAGGAUCAGGGAUGUGUGGUUUAAGAAGAGAGACAUGGAAUACUGGAUGAAGUUUAAAACUUGGAGGAAGUUUUAAUUUAACAACGUUAUCAUUGAUAAUUGUAAUUAUUUGAAAAGGACCAAGAAAAAGAGAGCUCAAUUUCUUUGAAGGACGGUUUGUGGUAAUAUUUUUUGAAGAGAGCCAGACAAGAUCCCCUACUUUGUAAGGAGGGGGAAUUCUUCUUCUAUUGUCAAAAAACUUUUUCUGGUAGUUUUGAGCAAGUUGAAGAUUCUCCCGUAAUUUGAGAAAUAGAGAAGACAUAAAUUCGUUUUUUGAUGUAACAGUAGGAUUGGAUGAAGUAAUGGUUUGGAUGGGGAAUGGAGACGGAUGCAAACCAUAGUUGGAGAAGAAAGGAGUCAUUUUCGUACUAGAAUGAAUGGUAUUAUUGUAAGAAAAUUCGGCCAUAGGUAACCAUGUGGUCCAGUCAUCUUGGAGGUAUGAACAAUAACAUCGAAGAUAUUGUUCCAAACAUUGAUUAACCCUUUCUGUUUGCCCAUUAGUUUGGGGAUGAUAAGCGGAAUAGAGUUUGCGUUGAAUUUGAAGGGAGAGACACAUCUCUUUCCAGAAUUUGGAGGUAAAUUGUGUCCCCCUAUCAGAAAUAAUUUCUUCAGGAAGACCAUGAAGUUUCACAAUAUUGUCAAUAAAGACUUUGGACAAUUCUACAGAGGAGGGUAAUUUUUUUUUAAAGAAAUGAAAUGGGACAUUUUUGUGAAGCGAUCCACAACGACAAGAAUAGUGGUGAAAUGUUGAGAAGGUGGAAGAUCAACGAUAAAAUCCAUGGAAAUGGAUUGCCAAGGUUUUUCUGGAAUAGGUAAGUUAAGUAGUAAUCCAAAAGGUUGAUUAUGCUCUGGUUUAGACCUUUGACAAAUAGGACAUGUUUUGACAUAUAAUUCAAUGGUUCUAUCCUGGCGAGGCCACCAAUAAUAUCGUGAAGUUAGUUCAAGUGUUUUCUUUAUUCCAGGAUGUCCAGCUAGGGGGGAAUCAUGAACCAUCUUAAGUAAUUUAUUCCUAAGAAUGGGAGGAAUAUAAAUUCUAUUUUUAAAAUAAAAUAUACCAUCUUUUUUUGUUAGUAUAGCUGUUUUGGGAAGUUCAAGAUCCUUCUGAUUCAAAUUCUUUAUGUCAUCAUGAAGAGAAGAGAGGAUCCCUAUUAUUUUGGUAGGAGGAUAAUCAUCAGUAGUAGUUUUAGAAGGAAUUCGAGAAAGAGCAUCAGCCUUUUUAUUCCUAUUUCCAGGUCUGUAUAUUAAUUGGAAGUUAAAUCGGUUAAAAAAUAGGUUCCAUCUAACUUGUCUAGCUGUAAGGGUUUUGUUAGUAUAGAGAUAUUCAAGAUUUUUAUGGUCAGUAUAAACGAUUAUAGGUUGUUUUGUAUCUUCCAGAAGAUGACGCCAAUUUUCGAAGGCAGCUUUAACACUUAAUAAUUCUUUUUCACCAAUAGGAUAAUUUUUUCAGCAGAGCUCAGGGAUUUUGAAAAAAAGGCAACUGGAUGAAGUGGAUCUUGUGGAGUCUUUUGUUGAGAAAGAACUGCUCCGAUGGCUGCAUCUGAUGCAUCAACCUCAAGAACAUAUAGGAAUGUUGGAUUAGGUAGUUGUAGAAUAGGUGCAGUUGUAAAUCUUUUUUUUUAAUUCUUCGAAGGCUGUUUGUGCAUCUUUAUUCCAAUUAAAAGGACGUUUACUACUGUUGAGGAGGUUAAGAGGAUGUGAUACAUCCGAAUAGUUUCUAAUAAAUUUUCUAUAGAAGUUUGCAAAUCCAAGAAAACGUUGUAAUUCUUUUGUAGUAGUAGGAGCAGGCCAAUCAAUAAUACAUUUGAUUUUGGAAUUAUCCAUCUUCAACGAAUGAGGUGAAAUAAUGUAUCCUAGAAAAGAGAAUUCAGUAACCUCAAAAAGGCAUUUUUCUGGUUUAGCGUAUAAUUUAUGAGUUCUCAGUCUAGAUAGAACCCAUCUAACAUGCUUCCUAUGUUCAUCCAAAUUGUUAGAAUAUAUUAAGAUAUCAUCUAAAUAGAUAAUAACACAUACAUCCAGAAGAUCUCUAAAGAUAUCAUUUAUAAAAUGUUGAAAUGUUGCAGGGGCAUUACAGAGCCCGAAAGGCAUCACUAGAUAUUCGUAGAGACCAUAUCUUGUCCGGAAGGCGGUUUUCCAUUCAUCAUCCUGUUUUAUUCUAAUGAGGUUAUAUGCGCCUCGAAGGUCGAGUUUAGUGAAUAUAGUUGCAGUUCUUAACCUUUCAAUUAAUUCAUUUAUUAGUGGAAGAGGAUAACGAUUUUUAAUAGUUAUUUUAUUUAGGGCUCUGUAAUCUAUAAUAGGACGGAUGGUUUGGUCUUUAUUCUUCACAAAGAAAAUACUAGAAGCAGCAGGAGAGGUCGAGGGUCUGAUGAACCCUUUGCGUAAAUUUUCAUUAAGAUAUUCUUUUAAAAUUUCUAACUCCUUUUCAGAGAGUGGAUAAAUAUGACCAUAAGGAAUAGGAUCUCCGGGUAUGAGAUCUAUUGGGCAAUCAUAUACCCGAUGAGGAGGAAGUGUUUCUGCUUCUUUUUUACAAAAGACAUCUGCAAAGUCGGAGUAGAAUGGAGGUAUAACUGGUUCUACAGUAGUAUGGAGAAUAGGAAUGUGUUGUAAGCACGUUUUUUUACAGAAAUCAGAAGCAAAGGAGAUGGAGAAAGGAGACCACUUAAUUAAAGGAUCAUGGUUUUUUAACCAAUUAAUUCCUAGAAUGACGGGAUAAAGUGGAGAUUUAAUAAUAUCAAAUGUAAUGAAUUCGAAAUGUACGUUGUUGGUAAUCAUUCUUAGAGGGAUUGUUUCAUUUUUGAUGGGUCCUGAGGAUAUAAAUGAACCGUCAAUAACCCUGAUUGGAAUAAAGUUGGUUUUUUGAACACAAGGAAUUUUAUUUUUUGAAACAAAAGAAAAAUCAAGAAAAGUUCCAUUAGCACCAGAAUCAAUGAUGGCCUCAGUCACGAUUCUUUUUGUAUCCCACUGUAAUAUGAGAGAUAUAGAAAAAUAAGUAGAUGUUUUUCUUUUUUGAAAAACGUUCAAUAUAGAGGUAGAUGAAUGAAGCUUACCACCUUUUGAAUGUUUCAGUAGAGGACAUUCGGAAAUUAGAUGUUCGUACGAGGCGCAAUACAUACAUAAGUUUAGUUGUCUCCUUCUUAUUCUUUCUUCAGAAGUAAGAGGACUUUUUAUUAUACCUACUUCCAUAGGUUCAGUUUGUGGAGGAAUUUUUUCAGGUAAUUUUAGAGUAGUGAAAGGUUUUCUCCAGGUAUAAUUAGUAAGAACCUUUUCAGCUUUUCUUUCUCUUAGACGUCUAUCAAUACUGAUGGACAGUUGAAUCAAUGCAUUUAAGGUAGGAGGAAGUUCUGUACGAGAGAGUUCAUCUUUCACAGCUUCAGAUAAUCCGAGACGGAAUUGAUUGCGUAAGGUAAUGUCAUUCCAUUGGGUUUCUGUAGCCCAUCUUUUGAAUUCUGCAAUAUAAUCUUCAACAGGUCUAUUCUUUUGGUGUAAUGUUCUGAUGGUUAAAUCAGCAGUAGUUUGUUUAAAAGGAUCUUCAUAUAAUAAAGACAUAGCUUCAAAGAACUCAUCCAAUGAAUCUAAUAUGGGAUCAUCAUUUUCCAAAAAGGAAUGGGCCCAGGCCAUAGGUUCACCUCUUAAAAAAGAUAUUACUGAACAGACUUUGGAUCUUUCGGUGGGAUAAGAUCUAGGUUUUAAAGCUAUUAGUAAUUUGCAAGAAUUCAAAAACUCUCUGUACUUUGUUCUAUCUCCAUAAAAUUUUUCUGGAUUACAGACAGCAGGAUCACCAGCCGAUUGAAGAGCGGCAUGAGGGAGAUGGUUUUGCAUGUCUCUGACAUAGGUUAAUAUUCUCUCAUUCGUGAUUUGCAGUUCUUGUAACCCUUGAGCAAUCGUAUCCACUCUAUUGGUUAGAGCAGUAACUUGUGAGUUAAUAUCUGCUGGUUCCAUUGAAAUGGCUGGAUUAUUCUGUGAUGGGAUUGUGUAAUAUCCCUUUAAUUGGAACUCAACUGCAGAAACAAUAAUUACACCUCCUUUAUAUUGAAGUAAACAAGCUUGACUGUAUCUUUAAAUACACAUGCAGGAAGGAAAGCAAUGCUAGUUCCAACUUAAUUAAGAUGGAAUGAUUUAUUAGUAUAAUGAUAAAUAAGCUGGACAGGUUGCAAUUAAUAAUAAAUGAUAUUUGCAGGAGAAAUAAGACUUAGUAGUAAUCCCUUAUUGACAAGAGAGGAAUGAAGUGAAAUAAUUAAUAUGAAUUGGUUUCCUUGGAGAAAAAGGAUUACUUAACUUAGAGGUAGUUCUGGUAUUGGAAGGGUUAAUUCACCCAAUGGAGGAGAGAUUAUGACUCUCUAUGAAUAAGCUGAGCGUUAGGAGUGGAAAAUAAGGAAGUCCGUUUUUUACAAGCCGAGGUCUGGGAGUGGAGAAGGUAGAAGUCCGUUUUCCAAGCCGAGGUCGAGAAGUGGGGAAGGUUGAAAUCUUGUUACAAGCCGAGGUCGAGAGAGGAGUGUAGCCGGUAGCAUUCAAUAGAGCAGCUGAUCUCAAUGCCGUACCUGCGUGAAUAAUCCAGCCCCUUGAAUCUGGCGCGGUCUUCCUAAGUAUCGUGGAAGGACCGCGUCAGAGAAAAGGGGCGGGGCUAAGCGCCGUGAACCCGGAAGUGGGUUCCGGCGGCAGUAUGGAUGAUAGAGUAUACCUGACACCCGGCCAGACUGACAGGAAGUGCACACUUCCUGUCAGUCCAGCCGGGUCGCGGACCGGAGAGAAGCUCGGCCACGCUACAGGGAAGGGGAGGUGAGGCAGUGCGGCAGCUGCCUGAGCGCUCUCUAUAGAGCGCUGAGGCGGCUGCAGCAUUUAAAGGGCUGGCAAUGGGGCGCCCCCUCCUAUAUGGCGCCCUAGGCGGCUGGCUAGUUCGCCUUAUAGGAAGCGCCGGCCCUGCAUGUAUGCAUACAGCUCAUCCACUGACAGUAAUGAAUGAUUUGAACAACAAAACAACCUGCACUAGAGGUGAGGACACCUAGGGAGGCCUAUAGAAAGGCUAUCACUACCCGUUUGCAGAUUAUUUGAUUGUCAUCAGACAGGUUGUGAAUUAAAAGCUCGCUCAUUCAGUGCUGUUGAAUCUGAUGCUGUGUGCGUACGUUUUGAUAAGGAAGUCUACAAAACUUUUUUUUGGGGGGGGGGGGGGAACUAUAAACAGCACACUCAUGUCAAAAUCUACCAAGUGCAUUAAAGUUGUGUUGGUGCCCGGAGUGUCCCUUUAAUUUAUUUAUAGUUCUGUCGCUGUUUUACAUUGCUGACAUAGUUAAAAUUAAUCUGUUUUUGAUAUUUUAAGAUGCCUUUUACAGAAUAACAAAUCAUGUCACUGCGACAGGGCAGGUGUGUCUGUUAAUAAUAACAAUGUAAUCUGUUCUGUAUUUUUACACUAUCAGCUUCUGAAGGGCGUUUUCGUAAAUCUUCCAAUGGCAACACAAUUAAUCCAGAUCGACUGAAACAAGCAAAACUCUUAGUGGAAAAAGCUAUUAAGGUGAAAAAAAAAAACAUACUACAACAACCAUUUGAUAGGCUUAGUGAAUAUGAUUGCUUUACAUAUUGAUGUAUCUAGCAAUAUUUUACCUGUAUAAAUGAUGGUAUGUGGGUGAUUUUAUUGGUGUUUUUUUCCAUUAGAACACUCUAUUUCCAGUGCGCAAACACAAUCCAUGAUAAAGACCAAUAAAAGGACAGAGUCUUUUCUAAAAAUGUAAAACAAAAUAUAUAUUUUUUUUUUAUGGGGAUGGUGGGAUAUUUUUGUGCUCCCACCUGACUUUUUUAAAACAAAAACAUUUUAACAAAUUUUUGCCAAGUUAUUUUUUCUUCUUUAAAGGAACAUACAAUGUUUCUGUAUGUAAUGUGAUCUCAUAAAGGUAAAAUAAAACCUAGAAUUAUUUAUGUGAAUAAUUUAAUGCAUUUAUGGAAUGUUACCCAAAACAUGGUGUUUUAAAAACCACUAUGUCCUCAUCACUGACACUGGAACCAUAAAAUAGUAUAAUACUAAUGUAGUUAUACAGUAUUUCAAGUGAUUAAGACUAACAGGAUAAAAAUAUAAUAAAAAAACAAUUUAAAUCCAAUGGUGAAUUUAAAGUGUUUUAAAGGGACACUCCAGUGCCAGGAAAACAAACUGUUUUCACAUAGAAUUCUCACUUCACUGAAUUACUCUGUAUUUAUUUCUCGUCCCUCAUACAGCAAAAAAAAAUCUUCACUAUCCACGGGCCGUACCCAGUGAUCCGCAGAUGUUUACGUAGCAGAGGUUGGGUGGAAAGGAAAAUCCCCAAGAUUUCAAAAGUCUCUCAGAAAAAGGAAAAAGCAUCUGAUGAAGACUUAGACGAAGAUGAUGAAAUAGGAAGUGGCCAUGAUGAGGAAGGUCAUCUAUCAUUAUCCACAAGCUAGCCAUCCUGUGAUAAUAAAUGUCUAUAUGAAGAACCAUUUAACAUUAAUUGUGUUUGUUAUCUUAGUAUUGUAAAACUACUGUUCAUAUUUCCGCAUAACAGGCCUUUUAAAAUUGACAAAAUGUUGUAAAUCUGUCUUUUCUCAUUCAGUGCUUCUAACAUUUUUACUCUUUAUAUACUCUGCGAAAAUAUUUUAAGAUAAUGUAAAAAAUAAAUAAAUUAUGUUUUAAAGGGGACUCACCACUCCCAAGAUUUUAAUAAGAUGUUUACGUAUCCUCUGAAAAAAGAGGUUUGGAACUGAGAACCGAUUGCCUCCAUCUUUUCUCUUUGUCACUUACUGCUAUAAGUUCUGCUCUCUGCACCUCUGUGAGACAGUCUAGAGAGAAGAGAGGAAACAGAAACAGUGUUUUGCAUUUUUCGUCCUCAUUUGCAUUGUGUGCCCUGGCUGUGCCGGGAUUAAACAAGAUUGUGAUAUCUACUAUACACAUUUAAUACUUAAAAAAAAAAAAAAAUCAUGUGAAAAAAUAAUAACACUAGUUACAGGUCAUUGUCCAUGUCUUAUUCAGUGGUGUAAUUUCCAAAGAAUUGACAGCUUCUCUUCAAUAUCUCCCGGGACCCCUAAUAUUGAGAUAAUUUAUUCCUGCUGUCUUUCUUUUCCCUCCAUAUUUUUUCAUCUGUGUUUAAAAAAAUAUGUAUGCCAAUUAUAAUGAUCACAACAGAAAUCUAAUUUCCCUAUUAGAUGAGGAAGGUAAUGAAGAUGAUGAGACAGACGAUGAUUCAGACGAUACCUAUAACCUAAUGGUAAAUCUAAAAUUUUGUAAACAUAUUUAUUUAAGGAUAUACCAAAUUUAAAGGGACACUAUAACAUUAGGAAUGCAAUUGUCCAAUCCCACUUCGCAUUGAAAGGGUUAAAACCCUCUUGUCUCUUUCCAGUGGCGGGGUCCCUCGGGCUUGCUCUGUCUUCGGCCACUCCAACGUCAAAGUGUUGGGGAGCGUGAAUUAGGCCAUCGCCAUAGGAAAGCAUUGAAUCAAUGCAUUCCUAUGGGGGAUUUAAAGACUCUGGAUGUCCUCAUGCAAAGCUUGAGGAUGUCCAGCAUCGUUUCACAGAGUUAAACACUGUGAGGCACCAGGAAAUGCCUCUAGUGGCUAUCUGGAAGACUCAUCUCACUUCAGUGAGAUGAGAUUAAUCGGUCUGAGCUCCCAUAGUGUCCCUUUAAGUGGAAAUUUUAGCUUAUAAAAGGCAAUUGUUGUAAUGGGAAAAUUUUUAUAAAUUUGCAUUUAUGUUGGAUCCAAAAGGAAAGUAACAACUACAAAAAUGCAAUACAUCCUCUACAGAGACUGACAGUAGGCUCCUUCUGUUAACCAAUAAAUUAUCAAAAGUGGGGUCUCCUGGAACCCCAAAAAUACCAGUUUAGGGCCCAGCAAGUGGCCUUUAGUCCUUCCUUCACCAAAUGGACUGUAUGGUGAGAAAUAAUAACAUGAGCAAGCUCUGCAGAUUGGGAAAUGACUGUCACAGUGCUGCCCUAUCCUUAAAGGAGUCCUAAAGCUACCCCUAAAACAGUAACACUUUAACACAAAAAUCAAACCUAAUAUAAAAGACAAAUAAGUGUUGGUGUUUCAUGGUAUAUCAUGAUGUAUCCAGAACCCUACGAUGGCAUCAUUUAUCUAUAAUAUACUGUUUUGUAUUACACAUCCUAUAUAUAAUAUACAUAGGUUAUUAUUAUUAUUUUUAUAUUGAAUUAAGAUGAAAGUAAUCAUAAGGUAUGCUUUAUCAUAUUUUAUGAUUAUGAAAUAAUAUCACAUACAGGAAUGUAGAGACAAACAAAACCAUGUAAUGUUAAAAGUCAUCCUUUUGGUUUUAUUUAUACCUGUUGAUAAUUCCAAGAUUAUGCCUGGAUUGGCUGCUUGUUAGUAAAAUGUCUAGAUAUGAAUUGUAAUCCACACUUGAAUAUGCAAUGCUAGGUUUGCAUCUUUUAGUUCUGAUUGUUAUGUGGCAUGUCAUGUGUGUAGCUAAACAUAUUAAUUAUCUAUAAAUGUUUCACAGUCAAGACUUGUCCGCAAUGAAAUCCCCUACUUCAUAUGGACCACGAUAAGGGAUUCGGUUGACUGUCGUUUUUUGAAAAAGGACCAAAUGAUGAACCAUUAUGCCAAAGCGGGAUCCUUCACAACUAAAGUAAGCUAAUUAAUACUCCUAUACCCAAAGUCAGAUUUGGAAUUAAGAAAUAUCACAUUGGGAAACAUGGGAGAGUUCUACAGAAGGCAAGACCUUUAACAGUAUUUUGUUAUUCACUAAAAGAGAAGAUAAUAUUGUCUUCAUUAUCUUUGUUGAUAUUAGUUUUACUAUUGAUAUUCUAUACCAGUGUUAAUUUUGACGUUGUAUUGUAGUCAUGUAAAUUGUUUUAGUUUUAGUCUAUUUUUUAUCGACUAAAUCUCAAAAAUGUUUAGUCGAUUAAAAUUGUUAGUUGACAAAAUGAACACUGUUCUGUACUUACUGUAUAAAAUACUACUACUACUAAUAAUAAAAUCUGUGUUGUAACUUCCUGCCUCUGUGAGAGCUGGAAUUUCACUGGAGGCCUUGCUGUGACUUCUGUAAAUAGCAAAACACCAUAAAGAUGUAUCAUAGACAUGCACAAAGUCUUAUUAUAGCUCUUUAUAGUUUCUUAACAGUGAAUUCAGUUGGGAGAAUAUACACAGCUAGAAUUUCACCUCUCUGUUAGGUAAAAUCUCACUAAAUGACAUGGCUAUUUGUGUAUUUAGAAUAACAUUGAUAUAUUCAUACACUCUUCAAAAUAUUCACAAAGUGCAAAUUUUGGAAGGUACAUUAGCCCUAAAAUUUCCUAAAUUAUACCCUUUUCUCUCUUUGCAUUAGAAAUCCACUUUCACCGUUGCUAAUGAAUUCUGUAAAAUAAUAAUUAUAUUUUUCUAGGUGGGGUUAUGCGUCAAUUUAAGAAACCUUCCCUGGUUUGAUGAUGUAGACUCAGACACAUUUUUUCCUCGUUGCUACAGGCUUGGAGCUGAAGAUGAGAAGAGGGCAUUUAUUGGUAAGUGUGACAAACUCACUAUUUCUCAAGAUCUAUGAACAGUUCCCCAUAGUUAGUUUCCCCAGUUUCCUUGAACCCAAGUACUUUUCUCUAUUCAGUAUUUGCAACCUACCGAACACCGACCACCCCCCGGCUCAUUACAUACAAAGUUACCACAAACGUAAGUGUGGCCGCCGUUUGUAUAACCGAAGAACACGUGCUCUGGAAAACGGCCCUCUUGUUUUUCGAACACAGGCAGUGGCACUUGGUCGUUGAAGUUGGAUACUUACGCGCGCGAACCUCUGUGACUUUGUGCAGACACCUGCUACCGUUCUCGACAACAUAGGAGAGCGCUGUUCAGUAGGAAUGUUCGCACAAACUAGGCAAACAUUCACUGCCUACGAGCCAGGGGAAAUGUUAGUUUGUUUUUCAAAUGGGAACUCCCGAAAGAUGACCGGCCAAAGUACCAAACGCACUGGAACUGUUUUGGGCAUGGGACCAUGUGUGCGGCCGGUCAAGACUUUACCCUGGUGGCGAUUCAGCUAGAAUCCAUGGAUCUGAGCGCUAUUUGGACAACUUGGGCGCUCAGACCCAAACUAUCCGGGGAUAUAAUACUUGUGGGGGUUCCAAUAGAUAUUGUGUGUUUUGGGGUGUUUAUUGUAAAAAAAUUUUUACCUCUAGUGCCUGGGAGAUAUUUAGGUUAAGCAAAAGCAAGCUCACUUAUCUCCCAGACACAGAGGCACCUGGGCGGGCUUAUUGUACAAAUGAAUGGAGACCCCAUUCUGGGGGUCUGUGUAUAUAAACCGGCCACUGGGCCAUAAUAAAACAUUCUUCUUGUACCCUUCAUCGAGUCUUGGCUGAUGUUUGAGUAGAUCAUAGCUAUAAUCACUACUUCACUUCUGGACUUGGGAGACUUUCAACGGAUAUACUCAGUCGGACUAGAGGGGAUCCGUUACAGUAAGAACAUACUGGGAUUUAGUUAUUAACAGCAAUUUCAUUAAAUACAGAAAGCUCAUAUUAUGCUUUAAUUUUGUUUGCUGCUCAUUAUAGCAGCAAACACAAAACAAUGAAAAAAUAAUCAUAUAACUAGAAAAUAAUAGACGCCUGUAUAUCAGUACAGUAUAAAUCCACCAAUCACAGCAAAGGCAAGCCUAUAAUUCUCUUUCGAUGCUGAUCCAAAGUUAAGUAGUGCAUUGUACUCUUCAUAAUAUUUGUAAUUAUACCGCAAUUGUUAUUUGUAUGCCAAUAUUUUUCAUCGGUUUAGAUUCAUCUUUAUUGUUAUACUCACCAGUUAAUCUCCAUCCAAUUGUUGGUUUUGCCUUUUCUGUUGUAUUUUUCUUCUCUAUUCUUGUAGAUGAGCUUAUUGGACUUUCGCAGACCAGAAAGAGGGUGUUAGCUCUUUAUAGACAUGAUAUAUCUGUCUUUUGGGAUUUGUUUGUAUUUUCUGCUGUUGUGAGUAGUAAAGAAAGUUAAAGAAUAAUACUCACCUCCCAUCUUUUGUAAAACUGUAACUUCACAUGACUUAAGUCAUCCAGAUCUGGAAUUCUAGGGCAAAGUUCUAAAGGUGGAGUGGCCACCAUGGAAACCAAUAAAAUGGUCUGCUACCAAAAUGGUCUCAUCCUCCUAUACCAGUAAUGGUAUGUAAAACAUGUAGGAUGUCAGAGGAUAUACUUUGUCACAAGGUUCCUUUUUUUUUUAAUUAGAAGACUUUUGGCUUACUGCUGCUCGGAGUAUUCUGAAGUUGGUGGCAAGAUGGGGCACAAAGUCUUCGUCCAUUGAAGAAACAAGACCUGAUUGCAACCUUAAUAGUAAGCAAAAUAAGGGAAAGUAAAGGCAAAUAUGUAUGUGUACGGUAUAUAUAAUUCUGUAUAUGGUGUAGAUGGGUAGUGACACUAAUGAAGACUGAAUACAAACAGCUAGGCUCUAUAGUACAAGCACAGGAGUACAGGGUACUCAAAGGACCCAGAUAAAUAACACCCAACAUUGGAGGAGUGAAAGUGGAAAGGGAAGGUUGUGCAUGUCACUGGUAAUGAACAUCUGCAGGAAAAGUGUGUGACAACGCAGUGGGCUGAUGUACUCCUGUUGAAAGGGGUUCAUACAAGCCAAUGAGAGCUACGCUUCAACAGAGUGCAUCAGCAAAGCACUUGAAUAGGCAGAAACGUGCAGUCAUUUAAGGAACUUUAUUCCAGUUUCCUGCAUCUGCGAAUAGAGCAUAGGGUUGCGGUAUAAGGGCCCCAAACUUGGGAUGUCAAGGCAGAUAUAAGACAAUUGUAUUACGCAGACUCCCAAAAUCAUUGCUAAUUUCUAAUCUAUUCAGCAGCUUUUGUGUAAAAGAUUGUUGGCUAACUUUUUACUUACUGUGAACUCACAGGACGUUGAUCAAUGUCAGGCAGUAGAGACACUUCCCGGCAUUCUGGGAGCUAAUAAGAUCGAAUGCACUCUGAUUGGCUAACAAUAACUGUUCCUCCAUUUUAAAACAUAAAAUGGCCCUAAUAACUAGAUUUUCUGUGACUUCUUUAGAGGCAUAUAGAGGCGUUUAUUUAAUAUUUUUGUAUAAACUUUUCAAAUGAUAAAAUAAUAUAUCAUAUAUAAAAAAAAAUCUAUAUAUUAAAUCAUUUUAAAAGUUUAUCCAAGAAUACUACGUUAUUUGAAAAGCUUAUCCAAAAAAAUUAAACAAAGGCCAUAAUUACUCUAUUAUGAAUAUUUUUUUAAAAGUUCUCUAAAGUAAUUUUCAGGUGACAGAACUAAUUUAACAAGUCCUACAUCUAGUAUACCGGAACCGGGUAGAGUAUUACAACAUGUCUUACUAUAUCCCACUUACUCAGUAACACCUGCAGAUCUUUCACUAAAGACAUUACUUGUUGCAAUACUGCACAUACCUGAACGUUUUCCAUAGGAAAUGAUUGGAAUUUAACAUGAAUUUGUUAGAAUGGGAGAAAACUGUGAGAUUCAUUUAGCCACAUUCUCUGUUGGCUUUUGGACUGAUAUUGCAUUUCCCUAGAGAACUCUGAAAAAUAAUUGCAUGUGAAGUAAACAUUUAAUUUAAUUUUUAGAAUGCAUUAUAAAAUCAAUUGAUGAACCCCUGCAUAGAAUGCCCGUUAAUGGUCUCUUCAACUAUACCCACUAUCUUCUCUUUAGCAAGUAGCAAAUCAGCCCAAAAAAAUGGAGGCACAGUACCAACUUGGGUUAUAACGACUGCUCUGCAGGCCUGUGAAUCGUUCCUUAACAGCUUGGAACACAGUGAUAUUGACAAUGAUCUAACAUCAACUUCCACCAUGACAGAUUCAUCAUGGGAGAAAUUCCUGCACUGUUACUAUCAGGUUAUCCAGUAAGUGACUGCCUGUAGCACCAAUACAACCCCAUUUGUACAAAAGCUAUGAUUUCGUUAGAGAGCAGAAAGUAAUUAGCCCAACACAGUGAUGUCUAAGUCUUGGCAAUCUGUUAUAGACUCAUCCCUCAAUUAGAACAUUAUGAGAAUUCUAGUCCAUCACAACUGAAGUAUAAAUGGCCAGACCAGUGACCUCAUUGUUUUAUUUGCUGAUAAGAAGCCAGGGAUGUAAGCUGUAUGUGUAACAUUGGUUUCUCAUACUGCCCAGUUGGUUAAGUGAUGAGAUCCAUCCACUAACCUUUGAACUUUAGAUAUCUAAUUAGGAAGCUAAAAUAGAAGCCCAAAACUCAGCUCAGCUGUAUGGUUAAAACUCAAGACAAGUAUCUACAAAGACCAGCCAUAGACUUAAAUUCAGCAAGGCUUGACUGCUUGGGCAUGCCAAGAGACCCCAUAGAGCAGGCAUAGGCAACCUUCGGCACUCCAGAUGUUUUGGACUACACCUCCCAUGAUGCUUUGCCAGCAUCAUGGGUGUAAGGGCAUUAUGGGGUAUGUAGUCCACAAAAUCUAGAAUGCCAAAGGUUGCCUAUCCCUGCCAUAGAGUUAAAUGUAGGGAGCUUGUGGACAAACUGUCUUUCAGAAGAACUUGAACUGAUUGUCGCUCAUUUUUCAGAAUAAACCCUUAGAAUACUUAGGAUAUGCUUAGGAUAAAUAUAUAAGAUUUAUUAAACGCUAAAAAAACUUUUUUUUCGAUGUGUACAAUUGCAAUCAUCUGACAUGUUACAGAAUUAUCCAUUUUGCUGUUAGCAAACCUCAUAUGAUGUAGCCUGUUGCAAAUACAUUGCAUUUAAAGUGACACACAAACUAUAGACUACAGCCUCCAAUUUUUCCUGUAAGUCAGAGGUUUCCAAAAGAUUUAUCUCCAGUUGUUGCUGAAAUAAACUUCUGUGAUCACCAGUCAUGACAAGGCUCACUGCAAUAUAGUUUAGGAUAAUAGGAGUUGUAGUUGAUUAGCGGCACUAGACAACAGCACUCUAAAUUUGAUAUACACAAUUGAUAUGAAACUUCAUUUUGCGUAAUUUAGUAGGUGCUCAAAUUCACCGUAUGCUAUUCUAUUUUAAUAGGGCUGUCUCUUUAAGCAGUAAAUAGUUUCACAAAUGUACCCUGAAGCAAGCUAGGCCCAAAAGCUUCCUAAAUCGUACUUUUUCUUACUACAGCGAUGGUGCAACCAUUGACCAGUCAGAGUGCUAUGUCAAUCAGUGCAAUGAUAUACUGAAGAAAUUAGAAGCAGUGAAUCCACAAUUGGAUAUCGAAGGAAACAGGAACAUUUGGAUUGUUAAGCCAGGAGCUAAAUCUCGUGGCAGAGGUGAGAUAAUUAAAUUGUUGGUUAAUUACAAAGAAUCUGCAUAAAUAAGGAUACUGAAGUGCACAGUGCACAGCACAAUAGAUUACUGUUUGGGAGAAUGAAUUUGUGAAUUUGUGGUCAUGUGUUAUAAUACAAGGAGUUAUACAGUGUUGUAACUACAUAAUACAAAGGGAAGCAGCUGCUACUGAACACUAAGAGUCGUGACAAACCCACAUGCCCCAUGAACCGUAUUUCAUGAGAUUUAGCAAGCAAUGAGCCUACACCCUAACAAAGAAACAGGGGGAAAGAUACUAAAGUGGUUCUGAAGCCAAAAACGGUUUGCCCCCUUACCUGGGUCCCCUGUGUGUUCCGAUGCUCCCUGGUGGUCCAGUGACAUGCUUCUGCAGAGUUGCAGAAGCCACGGGGGUCAACACUCAUUGGCUGAGAGUGUCAGCUGACCGCUCUCAGCCAAUGACUGUCAUUCUGUGCUUUGAGAGUUGCACAGAAUUGACAUUUGUCAGCUCGGAAACUCUAGUUUCUAGGUGUUAGCCAGCUAUGAUGCCUCCGGCGGCGGUGUUACACCUCUGUCAGCAGAGGUAUUUAGCUGUUUAUGUGCAGUGUAACUCCAGGCACCAUCAUGAUUUCAAAUCACUGGAGUGGUCAUGGUGCUUCAAGUAACCCUAACUCUUAGGGAAGAAAUAGGAAGUAUCAAAAACUAAAACUAAUUCUACAAGCCAGAGCAACUAAUGUUACAAACAGAUGUACAGCCAUAGAUAGGCUCGAAGUCAGGAACGUAGCCGGGUGUGGUACACAGGGGGAAGAACAAACUCAGGGUUAAAGCAGAAAAGUAACAGGACUAUCAGGAACAAUAAAUAAUGUUUAUCAAAAACCACAAAAGUGCACUGGACCAAAGACAGCAGGGUCUUAUCAUGGCCAUUGGGUGCGUAAUUUCUGCGCAAGUGCACUGUACAAAACAGGCCGCCAGCAUAAAACAUGUAGAAAGACACGAAGGUCAUGGCUUGUUUCAUUUAAUGUAGUUCAGACCCAGAAUAACAGGACUACGGCCUGGUAAAAAAUGUGGUUGUAUUGAAUUUAUCCAGGCCAAGACUAAAUUGAUGCAGGUGUGUCAAUGUUGGAGCAAUGGCCAAGAGGCUUGGAAUGGACUAUGAAUGUAUCUGGAUUGACUUGACUGUGUUAAAUUAGGUAAAUUUGCAUGGAAAGUGCUGUAUCAUCUGUAUAACACUUUACAAACCAUACAUUUACAAACCUCGUUAUUAAAUUAUUUAGUAAUGUCAACAACUUUCACUUUCCCUCAGAAAUAGUCUGUGACUGAUACAGAAUGGAGUCUGCUACCUUGUUUUGCAAAAAUAUAUCAGAAAUCUUCAACUGCAAACAUAUUUGCAGGAGACAGUUCGUAAACCGAGAAUUGUGGAUAAUUGAUGAAGGAAUUUAAAAUAUCAGGCCAGAGGUUAGAGUUGGUAAACAUUUUCAAAUUGAUAAUAAGAGCAGCUAUUAAUUUUACACUGUCAAAUAUCCAGGACAAAAUAGCUGAACCAGAAAUUGUUUUCCAGACUGGCUGUUUUGGCCUACAUUUUGCAAAUCCUUCCUUCUUUACUUCAUAUCGGUUUACUUAAUAACUUAAAUGUAUUAAAUGGAAAAGAGCUAACAUAUUCAGUAAUACAGAAAUGGCAGAGCGCUGACUAGAAAAUUGGCAGUUUUAGGCCAUAACAUUUAUAGACCGUCCAUGUAAUAUAUCAAUCAUUCUCUUCAUUAGCAUCUCAUGAUAAAAUCCUUAUUAAAAUGUAUCGUUCUAGUAUUCAUUUAUUUUCUAUGUUGUUGCCUGUCAUUUGCUAGACCUGCAUCCGGUGAUACCAAUCCCAGUGUACUACACAUCAAACAAAUAGCAAACAUGUAAACAUUCUAAAUUAUUCCUGUGCUGUACUUAUUUUCUGAAGAUGCUAGUGCAUGUUUCAAAGAAAAUUUAGAACAAAAUCCAGUAUUGAUUGCAAAAUUCAGCAAUUUAAUUGCACAAGAGAAAUUCCAAGCACCAUGUGAAAUAUAUACCAAUAUAUUCCGUAGCGCUCUACAGUUAUAGAAAGCCCUGUUCAAAGGAGCUUACAAUCUAUGCGGAUUUUAGGUAAGUGGAUAUAUAUCAUUAGGUGUCUUGCCUAAGGACUUACAUGAAGUGGCAGUCACCACUGAAAGUGGCUUAUAGCUGUAGCUAUAAACAUUGUGAAUAUUACUGCAGCUUUAAGCAUUCCCCAGAAACAGAUAUAGAAAAAAAAGUUAAUUGGGGGCCACACCCAGAACAUACAUUUCUCUGUAGUGCUGCUGCUGUAAGAAACAGCGCGCGCACACACAAAAAAAAGUUUUACAUUUUUUUUAAGGCAGCUUAAAUUUACUUAUCUUAGAAAACUAAUGUUGAUCCAGCUACACCAUAUGACCUUAUUGUGUUAAGCCCACCACUACGUUACAGUAGCCCAAUAUCCGUGGGUUCUAUACUAAUUUUAACCUGAGUGAUAAACAUGCUAAUUGCAAUAGUUACUGCUUAAACGGCUUCCAGAUACUCUCCUCAAAUUUAUGCUUUCAUGUGGUCACUUCCAAGGGUGCACCAAUGGUGGAUGGGUGAGGUGCUCAACCCAAUAGGAAUCUGGUCUGGAUUCCAAAUCUACACAGAAAAAAAUGGGAAUUGGGGGCACAGCUGGAACAAGCAUUCCCCCACAGAUAUAUCAGCCAGGCAUCCAUGACUCUGGAUUCUAGGCUGCCUUACUAAAUUUUGUCCAAAUUUUGUGUGUGGUAGAAACCUAUAAAUUAGGCCGUGUAUAAACUGAUACUGCUGCGCUAUAAUUUAUAUAGCAGUUCCACUCACUGUAUGUAAUGAGUGAAACUGCUACUGGGAGAUAAACAACUUAUCCCAUAAAUCCCUGCUCGAUGGAGGUUUAUAGGAUAAUAGACCCUAUAGACAUGAAGUAGUCUUUUCCCAUGUAUGUAUGUUUUUUUUUGUUUUUUUUUUAAAGAUAGAUUUGUUUUGCUUUAUUAAACUGUUAUUUACAUCUAUUUUUUCAAUUUAAAAUUUAGUCCUUAAAAAAAAAAAAAAAGAAUUAAUUUGUAAGUUAAGUUGCCCAGUUUUUGUAGUGUGUUUUUUUAACUUAUAUUGCUGCCUGGAUGCACCCACAUAGAUAAUAUCACCAUUUUUAGACGUCCCCUUAUGGUGGAAAUGGCACGUUUUCCUUCUAUAAAUCAGUGUAAGAGAAAAAUAUGGAUAGAUAAAUAUUUUCAUUUAAUCAAGAAGAAAACCUGUUUAUCUGUACGUAUCACUUAGAGUCAUUCAAAUUUCUAUGUGUGGAGUUGGACAUUUGAUUGUGACAGAAAGGUUAAAAGAAUUCUCAUGUUUUUACUGUUUUGUUUAUUUAUCCUUUGUAUCUAUCAGAUAUGUGUUUGUGAGAUUUUAAAUAUAAAAUGAAAUGUAGAAAUCCCCACUGCUGUCUCUACCUCAAACGUGGAGCUGAGUGCCUCCAUGCAUGCUAUGUAGCAAUAACUUGGUUUCAAUGUUUUAUUCAGUGAGAGUUUCCCUUAAAAUCACUUUCAAACUUCCUUUGGGUCAUAAUCAUGAUUAUUAAUGUCCCUUGUAAAAUAGUAACUAUGUUCAUUGCUGUGUUAUUACCUUGUGUCAGCAAAUAUCACUGAGACUCUAGAACAUGGAUUCCAGUCAAACUUUUAUUCAGCCUCUAGCAAAUAUCUACAUCACUAACUGAUUCCUCAGUAACUACUCAAAAUGGUUUCCAACUGUCUCUGCUCGUUUUUCUGUCUCAGCUGAUGUUAUCUGGGAUUUCUUUACUGAAUUUACAUUCUGUGGCAUUUUACUAACUCGGUUUCAAUCAUUCCUGUCCAGGUAUAAUCUGCAUGGAUCGCUUGGAAGAAAUUGUAAAGUUAGUGAACUGCGAUCCAGUCAUUGUCAAAGAUGGAAAAUGGGUGGUUCAGAAAUACAUCGAGCGACCCCUGCUCAUUUAUGGCACCAAGUUCGACAUACGCCAGUGGUUCUUGGUUACGGACUGGAACCCUUUAACUAUCUGGUUUUAUCGUGAAUGCUACUUAAGAUUCUCAUCGCAGCCAUUCUCAUUGGAAAAUCUAGAUACGUAGGUCUGGGGUGGAUUAAGGGGGACACUGUUUAAUGAUGAUUUUUUUUUAUAUUGUUUGUUUUAUACUUGCUAUAGAAGGAAAGAACACAUCAGGAUAGCACUAGUCAUGAGUGAGUGAUAGAUUUAGUUUGCUAAAAAUGUUUAAAUGUUUAGUAAAUACAAGAGUUCCUGCAGUCACACUCCUGAAUGCAGUAAGAUGAACAGAAAACCAGGCACGACAACCUGCUUGUCCUUUCAGAGGUUUCCUUUAUUUGAACAGCGACAAAGCAACACUAUGGCUUCCAAUAAGCUCUUUACAAACAAAUCAAUUUUUUGCGGCUUAAUGGGAGACCAAAAGUUGAUGUUCAAAUAAAAUACCUGAAAGGACAAUCAGUACAGCUUGAACCAGGCCUGGAUGCUGGGCCAAAGGUGUGCAUGGGACCCAGGAAAUUGUGUCUGUACUCGGCGAUACCUGGCAACAUAACCAACACAGCAUGCGGUCAUAGUUAUGGUGCCUAUCAUUUUAAUCACAUCUAUUUUUAUUUAGGUUUGCUGUGUUGCAAUUUACAAAACUAACCACACUAACGCCUUCCCUUGUUCCUACAGCUCUAUUCAUUUAUGCAACAAUUCUGUACAAAAGUAUUUUGAGAACUCACAGGCACGUCACUCGCAGGUGCCAGCUGACAACAUGUGGUCAAGUGAUGAGUUCCAGGUGCAUCUACAGAAAAUAGGAGCAGGCAAUGCUUGGGCAGAGGUGAUCGUGCCCGGAAUGAAGGCAGCCAUUAUCCACGCCAUGCAGAGCACCCAAGAUGUGGUUGAAUUCCGGAAGAGCAGUUUUGAGUUAUAUGGAGCAGAUUUCAUGUUCGGGGAAAACUUUCAGCCGUGGUUGAUAGAGAUUAAUGCCAGCCCGACUAUGGUGCAAUCGACGGCUGUGACAAACAGACUCUGCGCUGGUGUGCAGGAGGACACAUUGCGUAUUGUCAUAGAUCGCAAGCACGAUCGAAAUUGUGACGUGGGCUCCUUUGAUCUUAUUUAUAAGCAGGUACGGGUUAUGCUAAGUGAAAUCACAGACAAUCUGAUUAUGUAUAGAAUCGUAUUUAGAUAUAUAUAUACAUAUAUAUAUAUAUAUAUAUAUAUAUAUUAUUAACAAGAGAAUUGCAAAUUUUAAGCCAAAACUGCCCCAAAAAAAGACAAAACAGCAGAUCUGGAGAAUCUCCAACCCAGCCAUGUUCCCAGCUUUUCUAUUUAAAUCUAAAAUAAGCAAUUCCCUUGUAAAUUCUACAUAAUUCUGGGCUUUAUAAAAAUGCUUUAUUAUAUUAGAUUGUGCAAAUGUGUUUGCAUUUUUACAGGCUGCCGUAGAUGUCCCUCAGUACAUUGGUAUAAACCUGUUAGUGGAAGGAUCCACUGUUAAAAAGCCCCGACCACCAAGACGGCGUAAUAGUAUUAUCAAUAUAGAGAUCAAUCUUCAAGCCAACCAGAGGUCAGUUUCUACUGUCCAAGCAAAAGGUUCACCAGCUGAUAUACAACUGAAGAAUGUAGUUACAUCUGGGACCACUUCAACAUCAAAGUCAAGCAGCAAAAGAAGGUUCCAUACUCUAAAUAGGCCAAAGACCACGGCAGCAGGGAAAGAAAAUAAAGCCACGGCGGACAAAGUUGUCUCUGAAUGUACGGAGGUUUUAAGACUACCUACGAGUUUUGCAGUAGAGCUCAGGGCUGAAAAGUCAUUGACUCAUGGCAUUAAGUUACUGAAGAGUGGCGUAACUAGUGUGCCGCAAAGCUUAUUCACAGCUCCAAAACUAUCCCGGUCAGAGAAGCCUCCAACUCAUAAACACGCAACAAGACUGCGUCAAGGACGGAGCAUAGAUUUCAAAAUCACCAGCCUUGACUUGGGAGAAUUACAUAUGCUCAAGAAAGCAACAAGAACAGGUAAAUUGCAUUCUGUGAGAAAAAAAAAAAAAGAAACAAAAUUAAAACUAAAUAAAAAAAAAAAAAUGCAUAAGUAGUAGCUCCUUUGGCUUUCUCUGUUCCUGUGCAUCCAACUCAUCUGGUUACAAUUACAUGUUUGUUAGUGCACCCAUUGUAAGGUGCUGUGGAAUGUGUUGGCGCUAUAUAAAUAAUAAUAAUAAUAAAGUUAUGUGUGAGAACAUCACAAGUAGUAUGUCAAGUACUACUGUGUUUGAGGCCAGCUAUGUCUCAGAAACUAGUAGUGUAAUAAGAGAACACAUUUGUCUCAGGGCUCGAGUCCUGCAGGAACGCAUGGGAAUGGUGUUUCCUGCACUUUUUUUUUUUUUUUUAACAGGAACGCCGUUCCCGCUGUUGCUGCAGGCACUCAGGGGGCGGCAAAAAAAUGCUGCCCCCAAAUGCCGCCCCAUGUUCCCCCUGUCAUGGGGGAGCCCAAGAGGUGGCCUGUUGGCCACUUGAUGGACCCCCCCAGCGGGCGCCUGUCUCCAUAUCAGACGCGGCAAAGGAAAUGUGUUCUCUCUGCUCCCUGUCGCUGCGCGCGCCAUUUGCUGAUGCCGGGAGCCAGAAUAUGACAUCAUAUUCUGGCUCCUGACAUCAGCAGACAGUCCGCGCGGUGAGAGGGAGCAGAGAGAACACAGCUCCCUCACCGCUUCUGAUAUGGAGACAGGCACACGACCCAUUGGACCCCAGGGACAGGUCCACGCCAGCUCUCCAGGUAGGGAGGCUGGGUGGACAUUUUCUUAUUUAAAAAAUAUAAUUUGUGUGUGUCUGUGUGUCUUCUGUGAGUGUAUGUGUGUCUGAGUAUGUGUGUGCACCCGUAUAUAUAUAUAUAUAUAUAUAUAUAUACACACAAGUGUAUAUUAUUUGGGGGGGGGGGAGAAUCUUGGGAGUCACUGGCAGUCUAUGAUUAUGAGAUGAAGAAUGAGUGCUGGCAAUCUCACAGGUUUGUGCCCUCAGACAUCUCCAACAUAUGGUGUGCACUACACUCACCUUAUCCAAUGGGAGCUGAAUGCCUUAAAGGGUCACUUCCUGCUCUAUAGCCGCGUAUGCUCCUUGCACAGGUUAUGGUGCAAGCAGGUCCCAAGUCACUGUGUUCCUGCCCACAAUGUAUUAGAAUUACCAUGAUUUUCUAUAUCAUUGAGUGUAGAGUGCAGAGAUUUGGUCCCAAUAGUCCAAUCCGCUGUAAUUCAAUGUUUAACUUGUCAAUUUCUGCUAAACCUUGUUCCCUUCCAUUCAUCUCCAGGUUUCCUUGACCCUUGCAAAAUGCCUUGCGUGUUCUGCAAAGGACCAAUGCCACUGACAAGCCUCCAUGCUAUAUGCAAUUGUUCCAAAAGCAGCAGACAGCCUGCAAAAGCCAUUCGUUUACAGAUGUCUAAAGGAACCACUCUCAGCAAGUUUCAUGGACUUAAUUCGCUCUCAGCACAGGGUACAGCAAUGUUUGCAAACCUGCUGAUCUGAACUUCAGCAAAAGAUUGUAGAAUCCCAAUCAAAACAAGUCUACGUGCGAUAUUAGACUGGUGCUCUCUCCACUAUGCAAAUCAAUAAACUGCAUUGGGACAUUUUAGUUUUGUGAAGGAUCAACGUUCUUUCUUUUUAUGUUUUUCAAGUUUCUAUCAAUUCCUGAUGAAUCCCAGAAAGUGUCAAUCACUUAACUAAGAAUUCCAGUCCAGCUAUUUUACCUAAAACUUGGAAGAAUAUUCCAGUUUAGGGAGUAACCCUGAGCUGUAUGUUACGAAUUAGAAGUUUUCUUUAGCAGAGAAAAACAUUAAACAUACUUAGAUCAGUCUUCCAGUUGCAGAAUAAUUGCACCAAGGUAAUAUUUUCUGUUACAGAGAAGAUGUAAUUGAUACAUUUGAAGUUAUGGUAGAACCUUAAAAGGACACUCCAGGCACCCAGACCAGCCAACUCCCACUAACCCUUAACCCUGCAACUGUAAAUAUUGCAGUUUUCAUAAACGGCAAUAUUUACAUUGCAGGGUUAACUCCUCCUCUAGUGGCUGUCUACUAGACAGCCACUAGAGGGCACUUCCUGGUUUACAGCACAGGUUUUCUGUGCUACAGCGUCGCUCGAUGUCCUCACACUGUGUGAGGACCUCCAGCGUCGCUGAAACGCACAUAGGAAAGCAUCUUUCAAUGCUUUCCUAUGGGAAGGUCUAAUGCGCGUGCGCAUUAGGUCUCCCCCGCCGCAGCGCAUGCACAAUAGGUCUCCCCCGUCGGAUGAUGUUGAGGAGUGAGGAGCGUGGGUGGGGGAGGAGCAUGGGCGGACCCUGAACCAGCGCCGAGGGACAAUCGCGCUGGAUACAGGUAAGUCACUGAAGGGGUUUAACCCCUUCAGCAACCU